UUAUUUUACGUGUGGCAACUGCACAAUGUUACUAUUCUUCCUCCCAGCACCUUCCACCCACGUGAGUGCUGUGACUAGUAAACACGCAGCAGUGACACCAUCACAACUACGAUAGCUGACAAAAGGUUAUGUCGUCACUAUCGGCCAGUGUACGACGGGCAAACACUAUUACCAUAUCCCGUUCCAAUACACAAGCUGGGAAGGAUGAGUGGCAGGCAUGGAGGUGACGUCAGAAAGGAGGAGACGACGGUCAAACAUGAACAAGCAACUUGCCUUGAGUGAUCAAAGAAACAGAUAUACAAAAAAAAAAGAAUAAAGCAAGACUAUCUGGAAAACGAGAUACAGAAAAACACGACUAAAGAAACAAGCUUAGUGGGAGCCGAUGCCAAGGCUUAUCCCACACUUACUACUGAACUGAACUGGUUGAGCGAAACAGCAGAAAUUAUCUUGUCUGAUCGUUCAUGUGAGGACCUCUCAUCCCACCAAACACACCACCAUGGAUGCUGUUCAGGCAGAUAUAUAUCGCUUAGCAUUAUUCUCCUCACUGCAACACACAGGAAAAGACAUCCUGGCUUUUGUCUUGAAAUGUGGCACAAAUAUAUCCAGUACUCUACCAGGUGGCACUCUUGGUCCCAAAACUCGACCAGGUGUCACUUUAGAUGAGUACUUGUCUCUUCUUCCAAAGAACUCAUCAGCCAACUAUAUCUUAUUGAGUAAUUCAGAAAAAAAAAAAAAAUUAUUCAAUUCCUUUGAAAAGUAUAUGAUUAGUAACUGUCCAUCGUGGGAUGAUUUUAGCAUAACAUUACUUUAUAAAGCAAUAAGAUUUGCAUGUGAAGGAGUUGCAGUGCUAAAUGAUAAGAAAUGGAAUGAUGAAAAUGAGAUGGAAGGUCUAAUAACGCAAAUAAAGAAUGAAAGAAAUGCCAUAGUCCAUUUGAUGGAACCAAUAACACAAGCAGAGUUUCAAGUUGAAGUUAACAAGUUGAAGAAUCUCUUCUUGAAAACAUUGUGCACAACAAAGACCAGAUACAACAUUUCUGACUUGCAAUUUCAACAUAUGAAAGGAAAAAUUCUUAAGGAGAUGAGUGCCAUCGAGCAGUUGAAAAUGAAGAAAGUAAUUUCAUUAGAAGAUUUGAAGGAUAUUUUCUUUAUUUCAUCAAGUAAAGGCUAUUAUUUGUCAUUGCUCACCUUAUUGGAAAAUUUGGGAAAAGAUGUCUUGACUUUUAUUUUGAAAUGUGGCACAAAUGCACCCAGCACAGGUGUCUGUUUAUAUGACUACUUGUCUCAGCUUCCACGGGACUCAUCAGCUAACUAUGUCUUAAUGAGUGGUUGUCUUAAGAAGAAAUACUUCAGUAACACUGAAAUGCAUCAAAUUAGUAGCUGUCCAAUGUGGGAUAAUUUUACCAUACCAUUACUUUAUAAAUCAAUAAUGGUUGCAUGUGAAGGAGUUGCAAGGCCAAAUGACAAGAAAUGGUUUGAUCAAAAUGAGAUGGAAGGUUUAAUAAGACAAAUAAAGGAUGAAAGAAAUACCAUGAUCCAUGUCAUGGAACCAUUAACGCAGGCAGAAUUUCAAGCUAAAGUUAACAUAUUGAAGCACCUCUUAAUGAAAACGCUGUACAAAACAAAGACCAGAUACAGCAUCUCUGACAUGGAGUAUAAACAUUUGGAGUACAAGAUUCUUUGGGAAACUGAUAACAUUGAGAAGUUGGAGAUGGAGAAAGUUAUUUCAGGAAAAGAUCAGAAAGCUAUGAUACAUGAAUUUAUACAGUGGUGUAACAAUGAGGGACAAUCUCCUAAUAUCCAAUCCCACCUGAAUUGUACCUUUGGGUCAGUAUUUUAUAAGAUUUUUCUCAAGCACCAAAAACUAGAUGACCGAAAAACUCAUACCAUAAGUAUUUUUAACAUACUGAACAUACUGACACUUACACAGCUAGUGGAAAAGAGUCUUCAACCGUCAGCAUUCUCACAGGACACUCAUUCUACACAAAGUAAGAAGCCACAACUUAUCCUGAUUUCAGGGAUAGCAGGAAGUGGGAAAACAACACUACUCAACUUCAUUUUCUCAGAGUGGCUUAGGCUUAGAGAUGCCCAUUAUUGCAAAAUCAGACACCUGAACAAGUAUGACAUUGUUCUUAAAAUUUUAUGUUGUGGAAAAGCUGGCCCUUCACUUGAGGGGUUUCUUGAGCAGAGUCAAAACAAAUUUUCUACCAUGAUAGAAGAAAAUCUAGUGACCCUCUUGAAAGAAUGCAAAGUCCUCUUUCUUAUAGAUGGCCUUGAUGAGCUAUCACCAGGUAGUCCCACUGAACAGCUUGUGACCAAUAUUAUGGAUAUAGGUAAAAAUGUGCCUGGAUUCACAAUUAUUUGUACAUCAAGGCCAGAGACAGUAGAUAACUUCUCAAACUCUAUACCCACAGAUUACCAGUGGUGGAAGAUGGAGAUAAAAGGUAUUAGUGUUAAAAACAGAACGCAGUUUGCUUUAAGACACUAUAAGAGCUUUCCUUCCUCCAAAAAUAAAGACCCUGAUAGAUUUAAAUAUCUUAUGGAAUGCUUUGGAUGGAAGAAGCACUUUGAGCUGCCUCUCAAUCUCUUCUUUGUAGCCACCUUGUUUUAUAUGAAUCCUGAUUCUGUGAAGGAAAACAUCACUCAAACUAGCCUCUUUCUCAACAUUCAUAAGUGCUGUGUGCAAGAACUGAAAAACAGACUUGAUUCCUGUUCCUGUCAUGAGAAUACCAUCAGUAGAGUGCUGGAGGUGAUAUAUAAUGUAGCCCUGCAAGGUCUGCUAGGUGACAAAAGGAUCCCCUCUGAAGAUGACAUUCAGCAGGUAAAGAGUUGUGAGAUCAAGAACCUACCAAGCAUGGAAAUUAAAACACAAGCAGGUGUUGAGGAGAAACAUUAUUUAGUGCACAAGAGCAUCCAAGAGUUCUACGCUGCUAAGUACAUUGUUGACCAACUUGUACCAGGUUUACCUUUUGGAAGUACAAAAAGUAUGCUUCAGAAUUCUCCACUGCUAGGUGACAAAAGGAUCCCCUCUGAAGAUGACAUUCAGCAGGUAAAGAGUUGUGAGAUCAAGAGCCUACUAAGCAUGGAAAUGCAAGUGUUUCUUUGCCCUGAAAUUAAAACAAGAUCAGCUGUUAUGGAGGAACAUUAUUCAGUGCACAAGAGCAUCCAAGAGUUCUAUGCUGCUAAAUACAUUGUCAUCCAAGUUGUACAAGGUUUACCUUUUGGAAGUAUAAGAAGUAUGCUUCAGAAUCCUCCACUGACACAGCUAUGUAACCUCAAGAACCUUCUUCUACAUGUGUUAGGUCUCCUCAGCCAGCCAGACAUAGAACCCUGUCCUGCAGCUUUAGAGGAAGUUGUGGACCUUCUGGCAGAAACUGGGAUGAAGAAAUGUAAUGAUUGGCUGGAGUUGCUGCAGGAUACUGAAGUGAACAGCAUUGCCUUGGCACAUGUUGCUACACACAUCGCAAGAUAUGAUAAGCGUAGUGAUGGUGAUGGUGGUGAUAAUACUGGUGGUGGUGGUGGUGGUGAUGAUGACAGUGAUAAUGAUGGUGGUGGUGAUGAUGAUGACAGUGAUAAUGGUGGUGGUGGUGAUGAUGAUGGUGAUCAUGGUGGUGAUGGUGGUGGUGAUGAUGAUGGUGAUGAUAAUGACAAUGAUAGUGGUGGUGGUGAUGAUGGUGACAAUGACAGUGGUAGUGGUGGUGAUGGUGGCAAUGGUGAUGAUGGUGGUGGUGGUAGUAUUUCUGGUGCUAUGGAUGGUGAUGGUUAUCAUGGUGGUGAUGGUGGUGGUGGUAUUAAGGAUGGUGAUGGUGAUGAUGGGGGCAGUGUUGGUGGUAAAGGUAAUUAUGGUGGUAGUGAUGGUGUUGUUGGUGGUGGUGGUGGUGGUGGUGAUGAUGGUGAUGAUGAUAAUGAUGAUGAUGACAAGGAUGAUGAUGAUGAUGAUGAUGAUGAUGAUGAUGAUGAUGAUGAUGAUGAUGAUGAUGACAGUGAUAGUGAUAACGCUUACGUUGAUGACAUAGUUAAGAUAAAAGACAGACGCCCUCCUAUAGCCAUUGGCCCUCUGGAAUGCAUUCCUCCAAGAGAAAUACACAUGUCAUUAUGCAGGAGGGAGUCGGAUGACAAUGAUAGUGGUGGUGGUGAUGAUGGUGACAAUGACAAUGGUAGUGAUGGUGAUGGUGGUAAUGGUGAUGAUGGUGGUGAUGGUGGUGGUAGUAUUUCUGGUGCUGUGGGUGGUGAUGGUGGUGGUGGUAUUGAGGAUGGUGAUGGUGAUGAUGGUGGUGAUGGUGAUGGUAGUAUUCCUGGUGCUAUGGGUGGUGAUAGUGGUAGUGUUGGUGGUAAGGGUGAUUAUGGUGGUAGUGAUGGUAAUGAUGAUGAUGAUGAUGAUGAUGAUGAUGAUGAUGAUGACGAUGACGAUGAUGGUGAUGAUGAUGAUGAUGAUGAUGAUGAUGAUGAUGAUGAUGAUGAUUAUGAUGAUGAUGGUUAUGUUGAUGACAUAGUCGAGAUAAAAGACAGACACCUUUCUAUAGCCAUUGGCCUUCUGAAACACAUUCCUCCAAGAGAAGUACACAUAUCAUUACACAGGAGGGAGUCAGAUGUGCAUGAGCUUGUUUAUGAACAUCACACUUACACAAGAGUGUAUCUGUGGUACCACUAUAAGAAGCCAGGGUACCACUAUAAGAAGCCAGGCCAAGCAGCUGCCUCAGAUUCAUCACUGCAAGCCCUUCCCAAGUGUCAUCUUGUGAGAUUUGCAGGUCAUCUAAGUGCUGAUGGUUUGAGGCUGCUGACAAGGUCACAGAAUUUGAAAUAUCUCCACCUGGCUAUGUCUAAUGACCAGAAUGCCUGCAACAUUUUGCCUGCCAUCAGUGACAUUUCCACAUCACUUCUCACUUUAGAGUUCCUGUAUGUACACAUCCCUAUACGAAUAGUAGCACCAGAGUCACUAAUUCGUCCACUGCCUGAAAAUCCUAUUGUGACCCUUGUGUUGUCUGGUAUGGACAGAACACUACUGGCUAAGGCACAGCAGAUAGCAGCAGCCCUACAACCCAGGAGGACAGGAUGGUUAGAGUACGCUGCAGUCAUACGGUUCCCACACAGAAAGAAGAAUAUGAGGAAACGGAAAGAAUACAGAGGACAGCAACGAAGAUGGUGCCAGAAUUGACAAAUUAAUGUACAAAUUAAUGUACAAAUUAAUAAACUGUAUGGAAGAGGUAGACAGACAAGUUUUGGAGAUGCAUAUGAAUGAGGGGUCAGGAUGUAAAAGAGGACAUACAAAAAAGAUUAAGAAGAGUAUCUACAUGUCUCAGUGACAUCAAGGAGUAUAGUUUCCUGUAUCGAAGCAUUGAUCUCUGGAAUAGUUUAAGUGAGGAGAUGGUUACAGCUGUUAGUGUGAGCAAAUGUAAAGAGAAAUUGGAUAACUGCAGAUAUGGGGACAGGAUGAAUGAGCUUUAGCUAAGACCCUGUACAAUACAACUAAGUAAAUACCAGACCGGGACACUCCACCAGAAAGUGUCACAUUGUAAAAGGAACUACAAACCAUCAUCACAGUAUGAUUGUAUUUCCUGGAAUAUGAGGUAACCAUGUGUGAGAUGUGUAUGACUCACCGGAGACAGGCCAUUGUAGUUUCUGAGCAGUGCCCCAGCAUGUGGACAUAAUUUGAAAAGUAUAUGAGACUUACCAUAGGUCAGUUGAAGUAUGCUUGUAAUUUUAUGAAGCAAAUCACCUCUGCUGGGGGGAGCUUUCCCAUGAGAUGAGCUGCACUGUGCCACAACACCAGACUUUAAAGAGCACGAUCACCCACAUGACAUAAAAUUUAGGCCCAUAAUGACCAUAACAAAAUGCUAAAAAAGAAAGAAAAUGAGGAGGGAGAGGAGGACAUGUGAAAGCUACCCUCCACAGUACAUGAGUUGUACUGUCCCCAAGGAACAUGGGAAUAUUGUAUAAAUAUAGAAAACCAAUAAUUAUACUUAAUUAUUAUACCCUACAAAUUUGCUUCGUAAAAUUAUAAGCAUACUUCAACUGACCUACGGUAAGUCGUAUGCUUUUCAGAUUUUACAUCAUCAAAUUCCCUCUGCUGUGGUGAGCGUUCCCAUGAGGUUUUGAAGCCAUGUGGGUGUUGUACCUGAAGGCAACUACUUGAUUUGUACCCUUGCCACUAUAACACAUGUAUUGUUGAAAAGAAACAUGAAAGAGCAAAGAAGACAUUCAUUAAUGUCAUUUACAUGAGUUGUACAGUGCCCAAGGAACAUGGUAAUAUUGUAUAAAUGUAGAAAACCAGUAAUUAUACUUAAUAAUUAUACCCUACAAAUAACUUAUUAAAUACACCCUAAAAUGGCCCAAACCACAUCACAAAUAGAGGAACAUGCACAACUUGUAUACAUAAACACUAGUCACCCAAGUAAGAGGAGGAAGCAGUAGGCACCUGCUAAAACAAUAAUUACUCCCAGUGAGGUCUAAAGCACUGGAUCAGGGGGUGCUGUGAAGUUAUCAUUAAACCUAGCUGUGACUGUGUGAAGUAUGAAUGCUUCAUUGUUACGGGGCUUCACUGUAUUGGUUAGGGUUCAUAGUUUGUAUUGGUUUCAUGCUUCACUGUUUCACUAGUGUUUACUUCGCCCCUUGCUCUGUAUUAAUCAUUGAGUUCUGUACCACGCCGCCACCGGCUCGCACCUACGUACUUGUACCUGUCUACACAUUAAAAGCACUGGGAA